CUUUGCCCUCUCCCUUGCUCUUGCAUCGUCUGCGGCGCCUGCCUCAGCGUCUGAGUCCCAGUUCUUGUCGAAUAUCCAAGCUUAACCUGCCCGAUAUCCCAUUUCCUUACGACCCCGGUACCUUUGCACAACCAAGGCCGGGCUCAUCUCCACGAAAAGUCGCCUGGGUGAUCCAGUCCUCACCGCGACUUGCCUUGCAAUAUCCCACGCUUUCCCUCCUUUCUUCGGGUUUGCGAAAACAUAUCUUCGUCAAGAAAAUUGCCCCCCGUCUCCGUCCCGGCCCAGCUGGCGCAUCCCGUGUCCGUGCACGAUCAACACCUCGACCCCUCUCUCCUGGCGCAAAUCGCAAUCCCGAAAUCCAAGAAGGACCACGUUGCUGUCAAAAUCGAGUGCUUGGACACUCUGCGGGUCCUGCGCUUUUCGCUUGAGGAUAUCGCGUCCGGCGCAUUCAAGAGGCGGAAUAUAACUGCCGCCCCUGCCCACACCUCCCCAUCCCAAUCGCCAGGCCACUUCGUUUUUGGGCAGAUAAGCUGAAUAGUGCGGUGGAAAUCCAAUUACCAUGGCAGACAAAAUUUCCAUCACAAUAUGCGGAGAUGGUGGCUGUGGUAAAUCCUCAAUCACACUGCGCCUGGUGCGGUCGCAAUGGACAUCUGAAUACGAUCCCACCAUCGAAGACUCCUACUCGGUCACUCGAACGGUCGAUGGUCUGAAUUAUUACCUCUCUCUGACAGAUACCGCGGGACAAGAAGAAUACCGAAGUCUUUGGGCAGCUUCGAAUCUGCAGUCUGAUGCUUUCCUGUUGGUCUACGACAUCACCAAUGCCGCAUCCCUCGAAGGGCUGUCAUGGUUCCUCGAUAUGAUCGACAUUGAGGCCGAGAACAGAUUGGAAGAAAACAGUCGUCUAUUGAGGGAAAAGGGCCCCAAGGUGCGAGGUCGAAGAGAAGACGGUUGGAAGUUUCCUCCCAUCAAGAUCAUGGCUGGCAACAAGUGCGAUUUGAAAGAUGCACGUGUCGUCAGUAGUAAGGUCGGAUGGGAGUAUGCUAAGAGUAAGGGUUGUGGCUUCAUGGAGACCAGUGCUCGCGAGAUGGUAAAUAUUGAAGAGACAUUUGCUUUGAUCGUGCGCAGAGUUGUUGAAGCCAGAAGGCAAGAUGGCGCUGGGCCUCAGAACUAUCCUCAAUACACCCCCUUUGGCUCUAAGGGUCACACCCCCAAUGUCAGUGGUGCUGGUAAUUCUGCGUACCAAAUGCCUGCUUCGAUGCAGCAAACCCAACAAUCACUCAACGCCAAUCCUGUCAUGAAUGAAAAGUCUGGUUUCGAGGACGACAACAACCAUAUACCUUGGUGGAGAAGAAUCUUCUGUUGUGGUUGAGAAGAAGUCCUUGACAGGUCACACUGGUAUACUACGGGUGGUUGUCUCUAUAUAUUACGACGUCGACACGGAUCCUGGAGAGGCUGUAUGAACUACAUUUCCCCAAAGAGGAGGAUUUCGAUACACGAGACAUUUCGCAGAAUCAACACUGGACACAAUAGGUGCUCAACAGUCAGGCACCUCGACCUGGUUCGUCACAUAUACACACAUUCGACAUGCCUACAUCCUAUGACAGAAUAUAUUUCCAGCGCCCGUUGACGACUUCAACAAGUUGCUGUCAUCGGGCCAUGCCCACCACCGAAAGGGGCAACUUCCAGAGGCCUCCCAACUAGUCGUCGACCGUUUGGCACAGCGGGCGACUUCGCAAUCCUUGGCUAGACUGUGUUGAUUAAUUCAGGUCGUUGUCAACACCAAGAGCCAGACCCUGGACACUCAUGUUUCCAGUUAUGUCUCGAGAUAUUCUCUCACAUCAUUUGUACUUCCUAUCCGGACACAUAAUUUCUGGUUGGUUUAAAAUGAGGUAUGAGGGUCGAAAAGGAGAGAUGGGAGCCGCGAGGCUAAAACGACAAAGUGAAACAUCACUUGUACACCUUACAAUUUAUAUUUGGCUAGAAACAUGGUAGCGAGGUUUAUUGUUGUGAUUGAUGAGAAGAUGUCAAGAUGAUGAAGUAUAGGAACGAUCCCAUCAGCAGCAGCAGCAGAAGGGACAUGUGCGGGUUUUGUUUUGUGAUUGGUGAUGACCAGGGUCAUUCAAUCUUUCAACCCGGGCUGUACGGAGUAUGUACUCGUCGCACCGUUUCAGACGCGUAGCUGUCUUUUUAGACGUGUUACUGUUUGCUCAGUCUAUUGAAGGUUUAUCUUGUAAUUCAGACCAAUGUAUGAUGUG